CUUUUACGGGAGUGCGCCAUACUUGGCGUAUCGUAGUUUUGAUUGUGCAUAAGGAAAUCUCAAAACAUCCAAGAUGGUGAACUUCACCGUAGACGAAAUCAGGGUCAUGAUGGACAAAAAAAGGAACAUCCGUAACAUGUCCGUCAUUGCCCAUGUAGACCAUGGAAAAUCAACACUAACUGACUCCCUUGUAUCUAAAGCUGGUAUCAUUGCUGGAGCAAAAGCAGGAGAGACCCGUUUCACUGAUACUAGAAAGGAUGAACAGGAACGUUGUAUUACCAUCAAAUCAACUGCCAUCUCUAUGUACUUUGAACUGGAAGACAAAGAUCUUGUCUUCAUCACCAGCCCUGACCAACGUGACAAAGACCAAAAAGGUUUCUUGAUCAACCUGAUUGAUUCUCCCGGGCACGUUGAUUUCUCUUCCGAAGUAACUGCCGCCCUACGUGUAACUGAUGGGGCCUUGGUAGUAGUAGAUUGUGUGUCUGGUGUGUGCGUCCAAACCGAGACUGUGCUCCGUCAAGCCAUCGCCGAACGCAUCAAGCCCAUCCUUUUCAUGAACAAGAUGGACCGAGCGCUGCUCGAGCUGCAACUGGACGCCGAGGAGCUCUUCCAGACGUUCCAGCGUAUCGUCGAGAACGUCAACGUCAUCAUCGCCACCUACAACGACGACGGAGGGCCGAUGGGAGAAGUCAGAGUGGAUCCCAGCCGAGGUUCUGUAGGUUUCGGUUCCGGUCUGCACGGAUGGGCGUUUACUCUGAAACAAUUUUCUGAGAUGUACGCCGAGAAGUUCAAGAUCGACGUGGUGAAGCUGAUGAACCGUUUGUGGGGCGAGAGCUUCUUCAACCCCAAGACGAAGAAGUGGUCGAAGCAGAAGGACGACGACAACAAGCGGUCGUUCUGCAUGUACAUCCUCGAUCCCAUCUACAAGAUCUUCGAUUCCAUUAUGAACUACAAGAAGGAGGAGUACGAGGCCCUUUUGCCCAAACUGGGCAUCCAGCUGAAGCACGAGGACAAAGAUAAGGACGGCAAGCAGCUGCUGAAGGUGGUGAUGCGCACGUGGCUGCCGGCCGGAGAGGCGCUGCUGCAGAUGAUAGCCAUCCAUUUGCCGUCGCCGGUGGUCGCGCAAAAGUACAGGAUGGAGAUGCUGUACGAAGGGCCGCACGACGACGAGGCCGCUCUAGGUAUCAAAAACUGCGAUCCCAACGCGCCCCUCAUGAUGUACGUCUCCAAGAUGGUGCCGACAUCGGACAAGGGCCGCUUCUACGCGUUCGGUCGAGUCUUCUCCGGCAAAGUGGCCACCGGCCAAAAGGCGCGCAUCAUGGGCCCCAAUUACACGCCCGGCAAGAAGGAGGACCUCUACGAGAAGGCCAUCCAGCGUACGAUCCUCAUGAUGGGCAGAUAUGUCGAGGCCAUCGAGGAUGUACCGUCAGGAAACAUUUGCGGUUUGGUGGGAGUGGAUCAGUUUUUGGUCAAAACUGGAACGAUUUCGACGUUCAAGGACGCGCACAACUUGAAGGUGAUGAAGUUCAGCGUGUCGCCGGUAGUGAGAGUUGCCGUCGAGCCCAAGAAUCCCGCCGAUUUGCCUAAGUUGGUAGAAGGUCUGAAACGUCUCACCAAAUCCGACCCUAUGGUGCAGUGCUUCAUCGAGGAGUCCGGCGAGCACAUCAUAGCCGGCGCCGGCGAGCUCCAUCUUGAAAUUUGCCUCAAGGAUCUGGAAGAGGAUCACGCGUGCAUCCCGAUCAAGAAAUCCGAUCCGGUGGUGUCGUACAGAGAGACGGUCAGCGAGGAAUCCGACCAGAUGUGCCUGUCCAAGUCGCCUAAUAAGCACAAUAGGCUGUUCAUGCGUGCCUGUCCGAUGCCCGACGGUUUGGCAGAAGAUAUCGAUGACGGCAAAGUGAAUCCGCGCGACGACUUCAAAUCCCGCGCCCGCUAUCUCACCGAGAAGUACGACUACGACAUCACCGAGGCGAGAAAAAUUUGGUGCUUCGGCCCCGACGGCACCGGUCCCAACAUCCUCUUGGACUGCACCAAGGGGGUGCAGUACCUCAACGAGAUCAAGGACAGCGUGGUGGCCGGAUUCCAAUGGGCCACCAAGGAGGGGGUACUGUCCGAGGAGAAUUUGCGCGGGGUGCGCUUCAACAUCUAUGAUGUGACGUUGCACGCCGACGCAAUUCACAGAGGGGGUGGGCAGAUCAUUCCGACCACGAGGCGGUGUUUGUACGCUUGUUUGUUGACGGCUCAGCCGAGGUUGAUGGAGCCCAUCUACAAGUGCGAGAUUACGUGUCCGGAGGUGGCAGUCGGUGGUAUCUACGGUGUGCUGAACAGACGUCGUGGUCACGUGUACGAAGAGUCGCAGGUCGCCGGUACGCCCAUGUUCAUCGUCAAAGCCUACUUGCCGGUCAACGAGUCGUUCGGCUUCACGGCCGACCUGCGCUCCAACACCGGCGGCCAGGCGUUCCCGCAGAGCGUGUUCGAUCAUUGGCAGGUGAUGCCCGGCAAUCCGAUGGAUCCGGCCGCGAGGACGUACACUAUCGUGCAGGAUACAAGAAAACGUAAGGGUCUCAAAGAAGGAUUACCAGACCUUGCCCAAUAUCUGGAUAAAUUGUAAGCUGAGGGGGUAUUUAGGUUAUGUACAGAUUAUUUAACAAAAUUCACACUCAACAUUCAUAGUUUAUUAUACUUUUCAAUUGAUUUCCCAUGCUGAGUUUUUACAAGGCGGGCCAUUUUAGUUCUCAGACAAAUUUGAUAAUCUGUAAAAGUGUUUGUUAUAUAUUAUAUUAUUUUUGUUGAAACUCCGGAACAGCUUGUAUAUUUAUUUUACCUUGACAGAAAAGUAAACUGUAAAACAUGAAAUUUUUGAGUUAUUUAUUUUUUUAAUUUUUUUUACGGUGAUUGAUAUUAUGGGAAGAGAAGAAUCAAAAUAUUUUGGAAAAAACCCAAUGUGAGAGAGUGUAUUUAAUUCCUAAGUACUGAUUAAUUUUAAGUAAAUUGUGUUUUCUCAAUGUUGUAAAAUAAAAAAGACUUUUUUAUCGAGCUGCCGGUUUUUCAUUUUGAUGAAUUGGGUUUUCCAAAUUAUUGAAAGUCAGCUUUGGAGGGGCGGGGGGUGAAAAUUUUGACUUCAGCAAAUAGCGUCGGGAUGCCAGAUGUUCAUCAAGAAGGACCAUGCUGUGGAUUUUGUGCUCUUUCAAAGUUGAUUUUGGAUAAAUGAUGUUUUCAAAGACCUUGCUGUGGAUUUUGUGCCCUUUCAAAGUUGAUUAUGGAUAAAUGAUGUUUUACUGUUCACUCACUGGAAUCAUCGAACAAUUUUGAAGAUAGGUUCAUCUAUAUUGACCUUUUUUAUCCCGGACAUGUAAUUGCUGAAAGUUUGAAGCGAGAACAAAAAUACUGGUUUUGGACGUUUUAUUUCUGGACUUCAGUUCUCAUGAAGGCGUUAGAUCCAGUACAAAACAUUUUUCUAAAGCAAGCUGAUAUGAAUCAAUCAGCGGGAACUUUUGUCUUCAUAAGAUUGAUUUGAAGGUGUCAAACAAAUGAGUCCCUACUAAUCUUACAACAAAUGGGACAACCAUAACAGCUUGCUAAUAUGAAUCGUUUAGCGGGAACGUUCGUCUUUAUCAGUUUGAGUUGAAGGAUGAGCAAGAUGAUGGAAAACCCGAUUUCUAAUAUUUGCAUCACUAUCAUCAAGAAUUUAUAGUGUUCCUUGAAUCUUCAUCAUGGAAUCAAACGGCAAUUUAUUGAAGUUAUUUUUUGAGAUGAACUACUUUCAUGGAAAACUACAAGCAACUUGGACAGACAAAUCUUCGUUCAACUUUGAUUCAAGAGAGGUUUUGUUGAUGGGAAAUUAGUCAAAAGAUUCAAGAGAGGUUUUGUUGGUUGGAAAUUAGUGAAAAGAAUUUGGAUGUGGACUGUCUAUGCUUGCCGUGGAGAAAAGAUGAACUUUUUUGCAGAGUACUCUACUAUUUUCAAGGUAAUACAAAUAGAUUUUUUCAAUAGACGGAAAGUUAUUCUUUUUGAAUUUUUUGAAGCAUUGACCAAACGAUAUUGAAACAAGACAAACUUUUCAGUAAUUAUUUUUUCAAUGAUGAUUGUUCUAUCACAGACCUGUUCUGAUUCCUGUGAUGACAAUAGAACGGCCAGCUGAAUAUAUUAUUUCCAUAGAAUUCCACUUUCUAUUUUUGGAUGCGUGGGUGCUAAUUUUGGUUUCUUUUACAGCAAUUUUACAACUUUGGACAUGGAGGGGUUAACAAGACAGCAAUAUCAACAAAAAAUAAGUUUUGCAACAAGCGUACGUCCAUGAGCUAUGGGGGUUGAGAAAAGUGCACUAUUGAACAAAAAUCAUGCUGUAGUAAUCCUAUUGCUGAGGUACGAGAAACUGAGAAUACACUAGGAUUCUAGAAUGAUAGCUAAAAAAUUGGAGGCCAACUUCAUUAUAUUUUCAAUAUGGGAACAAUCUGCCAAUCUGACAGGCGAGAAUAUAGCCAGCCAGAAGACAUUGAGGCAUAAUUGUUUGUCCGAUUCCUAUGAUCUAAAUAAUUUAUUGUGAUAUAUCCUGUGAAGAAGAGGGAAACAAUUCUCAUGUGCUAAAGUUGAUUUUUUGAAAAUUAUUACUCAGCAGAGUUUUUUCCACUUCGUUAAAUAAUCUGUAUUUAUUACUAAUUAUAGUUAAAAGUUCACAUAUUUCUUGGUUUUAUUUCAAGAUUCGAUAGGUUUUGCUAAAGAACAACCGAUAAGAAACGAAAAGACAUCUUCUUGUGGAGAAAAAUUGUGACGAUUUGUAUACAUGAAUUUUAUUGAACCCCCUGGAUUGGAUAUGUUCGGAUAACUUAUAAACACUGAAUUGCUAAUAUCUUCGCUAUGGCCUGCUCAGUCGCAGAGAUUCCUAAAGUAUACCAAACAUGAGAAAAUAUUUUCAAAUGGAGAAAUGGUGAUAUUUUAACUAAGAGAAUUAAUAAUUAGAACUGA